AUGGGGCGCCCCCCAGGCCCCCACAGCGCCCGGGCCCCGGCGGGCUCCACGGCUGUACCAGGGCUCAUUCCGGACCUGGUCGCCCGGAUCCCCUGGCUCCGCUGGGCGCUCUCAGCCACUGCGCCCGUGGCUGGCGUCCUCGCUGUUUCCUGCCUGCUCUGUGCCAUCUGCUGUUGCCGCCGCGGCCGCCACGGGAAAGAGCCCGGAGACGAGGAGGCCGUGGGCCUGGGCAGUGCCUGCAGCACCGUCAACCCCCACCUGGUGCAGCCAGAUGUGGGUAACGUGGAGCCUGGCCCUGGGGGCCCGGCAGUGGGAGCGCCUGCAGCUGUCUGUCUGGAGUACGACUUUGGAAGCCAGGAGAUCAAGGUGGGCCUCAAGUAGGCCGCGGACCUGAGGCCCCGGGACCCAGGCGGCACGGUGGACCCCUAGGCCCGCGUCAGCCUCUGCCCUGAGGCCGGGUGCAGGCACGAGACGAAGGUGCACCGCGGUGCCCUCUGCCCCACGUGCGAAGAGACCUGCUCCCUCCACGUCCCCCCCGUGGAGCUGCCCCGGACCACCCUGUGGGUGCAGGUGCUGAGCUACAAGUGCUUCUCCCAGCGCGAGCCGCUGGCCACCGUGGACCUGCAGCCCGUCCUGGAGCUCUGGCGCCCACCGGGCCCGCCCAGCACUGCCGAGCCCGAGCAGUUGGAGGAGGUGUGCUUCUCGCUCCAGGACGUGCCCGGCUCGGGCUGGCUGACCGUGGUCGUGCUGGAGGCCCGAGGCCUGAGCCCAGUUCUGGCAGAGCCCUACGUGAAGUUUCAGCUUGUGCUGAACCAGAGGAAGUGGAAGAAGAGAAAGACAUCUGCCAGGAAGGGUACGGCCACCCCUUACUUCAACGAGGCCUUCACCUUCCUUGUGCCUGCCUCCUCUACCCAGAGCGUGGCUCUGGUGCUGGCCGUCCGGGCCCAGGGCCCACAGUUCCAGGCCGAGCCCGUGAGCAAGGUUGUGCUGGGCGCCCGGGCCUCUGGUCAACCCCUACAGCGCUGGGCAGACAUGCUGGCCCACGCCCGGCCGCCCAUCGCCCAGUGGCACCGCCUGCAGCCGGCCAGGGAGGUGGACCGGGCCCUGGCCUCGCAGCCCCACCUGCGCCUGCCUUUGCCUGCCUCCUGA